AAUGUGAAAGUAAACACAAACCAUCCAUUUCGUGUAGCGCUUGCAUUUCGUAAUAAAAAAAACCGCAAUUUUCGGUAGUUUUUCGAGUGAUUGUUAGCUUUCUGAAGCAAGUAAGUUCUGCCAGCAUGACCUCUGCAUUCAGUUCCAGCGAUGCGGCCGCAAUCGAACGACAGGUGGGGGAGGAGCCCGAGACUGUCGACAUCCAGUUGAACGAUUUCUGGUGCGAAACUCAACUGGCGGAAUGUAGCGCUUGGAUCCGGGAAAAUGGCUUCAAAAAGGUUUGCCUUCAAUUCCCGGACGCAAUGCUCCCGUACAGCACAAUGAUUGCCGAGCAGUUACAAUCAGAGUCCUCCUCGGCUGGCAUUCACAUUCUGGGGGACACUUCCUAUGGAAGUUGCUGUGUGGAUGAGAUUGCUGCCUCGCAUAUCGGUGCCGAUGCGAUGAUACAUUUUGGACAUGCUUGCCUUAGCCGAUCGGUUCGAUUGCCCAUAAAAUAUAUCUUUGUCAAGGGCGGAAUUAGCGUUGAUCGGUUUGUGGAGGCCCUGGAAAGAGAAUUUCCCGAUCCUGACAUCAAUUUGGGAAUAUUCUACGAUGUGAGUUUUGCUCACAUUGCUCAGGAAGUGGAAGAACGAAUUGGAGCUAGUUUCAAGAACGUUACAGUCGGUCAGCUGGCCUUAUCCGGAGAGCAGCCGGAUUUACUAUGCUGGAAGUUGAGCGGCCGUUCCUUCGAUGGCUCCGUUUGCAUUUAUAUUGGUCGGGAUAAUCAGAGCUUCUUCAACACAGCCAACGGGAUCAAAGCGAGCAAAUGGUUCCGUUUCGAUUCGGAUACCAGCUCCUUGGCCCAUGCCUAUCCCCUAGAUUCCAAAUGGCUGCGAAGGCGGUUCUAUUACAUCGAAAAGUGCAAGGAUGCCAGUUCGCUGGGGAUCGUAGUGGCCACUCUUACGGCCAGCGGAUACCUGGACGUCGUCAACCGUAUUCAGAAGAUGGCCAAGGCUCGUGGCGUUCGGACGUACAUAAUUUCCGUGGGCAAGAUCAAUCCGGCCAAGCUGGCCAAUUUCGUGGAGAUCGAUUGCUUCGUGCUGAUCGGAUGUCCGGAGAACGAUAUGUUCACUUCGAGGGACUUCUUCAAACCACUGGUAUCGGUUUUCGAGUGCGAGCUGGCGUUCAAUCCGGCCUGGAGUGGCCAGUUCCCGGAAAGCUACAGCUCCGACUUUGGCGAUGUCCUUCCCAAUGGACGAUUGUACAGGGAGUUCGACGCCGGGUUGGCCAAUGAAGCUCCAGCGGAUGUCAGUUUGGUAACUGGGAAGGUUCGUAACGUGAAUCGGGUCAAGGAAGAGGCCACGAAUGGUUCCACCGAUUGCCGGGAGGUUCAGCUCCGUGGCAAGAAUGAGGUGGCUCAGGUAAGCUCCGGGGAUGUUCUGCAAGGUCGAUCGUGGCAAGGGUUGGAGCAAAAUCUGGGUCGAGAUGCGCCGGCCGUUGUCGAGGAAGGGCGCAGUGGAAUUCCCAUCAAGUACGAAAAUGAUCCCAGCGGGAGGUGAAGGUGAAUUGGUAAAUAUAGUUUUUUGAUGUAUUAAA